CUUACGAGUGAUUUCCAAAGAAAUGUGAUCGGUGGGUAAUGCAACAUGUGCAAGAUAUAUAUUUGUUAAAUUUCAAUAACAAUACAAAGAGGCUGAAAUAAGGAUAAAUUGUUCAGUAAAAAUGAGUCACGUUGCUGCCAAUAACGAAAUUAUUCGUAUGAGAGCAACUGUUCGCAAGGCACGUAUCGGAACCAUCUGGAAAAUUACAAAACAAACAAAACUCCUAAAAAAUAGAACAUUUGGGGAUGAAAAGACGCUUCGAAAGUGCAAGAAAAAAUAUGAAAAAUUUAUAAGAGAAAUAAAGGCAAUCAAGAAACUGAAGGACGAUGAUAUCGCAAAAUAUGCCAUUUUGAAUACGAGGAGUCUUACGGAAGUCCUGAGUGAUCCAACAGUCAAUAGAAAGAUUCGAGUAAUGACAAAACUAGCAUACCAUAAGGCUUUGAAAUCGGCAGUUGAUAAAUUCAGGGAGAAAUUUCCACAUUACAAAUUGGGAAAAAAACAAUUAACCACUUCCAGUUGGACGGAAUUGUUGGGAAAACGAAUUUCCUCUUGUGAACCUGUGAAUUCAGAAGGAAAAGAUCUAAUUGAAUCAAGCCGCGACGAUAAUUAUGAGCAAGAAAACACAAUGCCUCAUAGUAAUGGAGAAUCUGAGGACGAAUCUGUGAUCUCGGAAUCGACUGAGCAUUCUGAAAAUUAUAAUGAUAAAAACUCUGACGAACUAUCAAAAUCCGGCCUACGAAGUAAGAAAGAAAGUUCUGAGUUUAUGGCAAAUGGAAUCGAAUCGAUAGAAUCAGAAUUUUUCAAUCAAAAGAAUAACUUAGCAUCAAAAAAAUCCAAAAAUUCGAAACAUCCGGAGCAAAAACAGCCUCCAUAUCCCGACAAAAAUUUGAUCAAAUCAAAUAUUGAAGAGGGAAAUCGAGAAGUACAACCUUCAAUAUCCCACCCACCAGCUGAAGAAGCUCCUAAGGAAUGCAAGCAAAUGAACUCCACAAAUUCUUGCAAGAGAAAAUCAGUUUCUCAAACUACAGAAAGUUCAAAAAAUCCUCGAGAAAUAAAAUGUGUGAGUGAACUUACUUUGGUAAAACGUAUCGAAAUCGAUGAUUCACUUGAAGUAAUCGCCACAUCAGAAGCUCCGACUAUACCUCACGUACAAAAAAUUGAAUUGGAGAAAGUAGAGGAUUCUUUCUUCAUCUCUGCCACAUGUGGAGAGGUUUACAAAUCAGUUGUUGUUCCUCGUGUAGCUGCAGAAACUCCACAAGAUGAAGACAUGAAAUAUAAUUCACCAAGACAUAAGACAAAUAACCGUGUCCAUUCAUCUAGGCACGAUGGAAGAACAUUGAACUUCAAAAAAGAUCAUCAUGUCCGACAAAAUACCUUCGAAAGGAGUAAGGAUGGUCGUACGGACGAGAUGUCCUGGAAGGAUAAACGAAGGAUGGGAUCUAAGAUGAAUGAUAAAUUCGAUAAUGCAAAGGAUAAAUCCACCCUGACGAAAGUGAAUAAUGGAGAAAGUUUGCAUCCAUCUUGGAUUGCCAGGAAGAAACAGCAAGAAAUCCUGAAACAAGGAUUUCAGGGCAAAAAAAUUGUGUUCAAUGAUGAUUGAAGAACUUUUACUUAGAAUAAAUUCUAUUUGAUUGGA